CACACACACACACACACACACACACACACACACACAGUGAUGUCAAUGGUGUGUUUGUGUCUACAAUGUGUUUUUCUUAAGGUAUGAGGAGAGCUGGUUUAUUCUCCAUAGAAGGACUAAAGACUGUGCUCAGGCUGCUGAGACAGUAGAUGGGGACAUAGUGAUGCUCUCAGCACACUGGGAGAGGAGAAGAGCAGCUCUGACACAGCUGCAGGAACAGCUGCAGAGCGUGCCGGCCUUCAUCAGUGAACUGGAUGCCAUUACUGCUAACAUCGCUCAUUUGGAAGGCGACUUUGAGGAGAUGGAGAGCAGGCUGGUCUACCUGGAGACUCUGUGCUGUCAGUGUGAGCAGCAGACCUCCAAACAGCAUCACAUCAACCAACUGGAAGUCUACAAGAAAAAGAAGAGGAGGGAGUUGGAGGCACUGGAAGUGGAGCUGAAUUCUGAGCAUGCUCAGAAGGUGGCCGAGCUGGAGCAGGCCACGCAGCAGAAACUGAGAGAACGACAGAAAGUCUACGAAGAAGCCUUUAACCAAGACGUGGAGCAGUACCUGUCCACCGGACACCUGCAGCACAGAGAGCCAAGAGCAGCUGAUGAGGGUGUUCUGGAUCAGAUGACACUCAGUAACAUCUCAGACCUGGAGGCUUUGGAUGACUUCCUCAACUCCACUGCUGAUGACAUCAGUACAGGAUCAUCGCUGACCUCAGGUCCAGACCUCGAGUCCUGCUCCUCUGAAUCUUACAGAAGCCAAACAAUCCCAGCCCCUCCCACACAUAACCAACCGUCCAACCAGGACGCAGUGUGGGAGCCUGAAGAUGAAGUGGCCAGUGAGGAGAGCGAUGAGCCUCUGGUGCAGUCGGACGAAGAGGACGUUCAGCCAGAUGUGAUACUGGUCGGCACCGUGAGGGGCUCUGAUGACAGUGACAAUGCAGGGGACAUGCCCUCUGGGUAACUUAGCAACAAGAAGGCCCUUGAAACUCCGUGAAUGCUGGGUAAACACUGCGACACACCCCUCUGGACAGCCGUCACACAGCUGCAAUCUCCAGCCAACACAGGUCCACAUUUCAGUGCUGCUUUCCUCUGAAGGCUGAGGGCAGCAAACUGACACCAAAACACUGGAAGUGCCUCUUGGGCUGAGCUGUCAGCUGUCAGUCAGUAAUGCAAACUUGGACAUUCACCUAAAUGAAAUUGAUUACAAAAGAGAGACAAAUCAAAGCUAAAUAGA